GCAGAUCUGCUGCGGCUGAUCCAGGCCUUCGUCAUUAGCAGAGUGACGUAUGCGGCUCCAUACAUGAGACCACUAAAACUUGAACGCGAUAAACUCAAUCGCAUCAUCAGGGGGGCUUACAAAACGGCGUUAGGCCUCCCCCCCACCACCUCUACCGAUAAGUUGCUAGCCCUAGGACUGCACAACACGGUAGGAGAGAUGAUCGAGGGACAUCUCUUCUCGCAAUACACACGUCUCACUACCACACAUACAGGUAGAGCCAUUCUACAGAAACUAGGCAUUCAUCACGAGAGCUCAUCAAGCCCGAAACACACGCUUCCACAUGCCAUCACAGCCAAUCUCCACAUUCCCCCGCUUCCCAAAAACAUGCAUCCGGAACACCACCCAGACCGCAGGAGAGCUCGAAGCGCGGCACUCCACAAACGAUACGGCCAGCUUGAGGGCGUCGUGUACACGGACGCUGCAGACUAUCCCCACCUAAAGGCCAUGACCAUGGUCGCCACCGACGGCCAUGGGGUCCUCCUCUCCGGGGGCUCGAUCCUAACAACCAAUUCGGAAACAGCGGAAGAGGUCGCUAUUGCCAUAGCCCUCCUUGUCCCCAACACUCAAACAAUCAUAUCGGACUCUAAGCGCGCAAUUCUUAACUUCGCGAGGGGCAGGGUCUCUGAGGCUACCCUCAGAGUUCUAACACGCUCCUCCAAAAUUCCUAACGACAUGAGUUUUGUGUACCCCAAAAUGUCCGCCCGUAGGAUUGUCAUGGAGUUCCUGCAGCACAGUUUUGACUCGCACUUGAGGCAGGACAAGUUGAAGGGAAACGUUAACUCCAUUGUUGUUUUCCCAGCAGCGAAACAGGAGGCCGUUUUGUAUGAGGAGAGAAUCCCAUUGAGCCCAGUACGCUUUGACGACAUGGUUGUGUGGUGCAACCAGGUACCAAUCCGGCCUUUCGCCUUCUUGCUUCCACUGUAUAAAAAGCCGAAUAUUGCCGUCCUCUCUUUGAAGCGCACGCAAGGUUUCGUCACUCCAGUCAGUGGGAUCAUCAUCGGUUGA